AUGUUUCACCGUCGAGCUGCCAAGGCUGGACUUGCGCUACUCGGAGGCUCGGCUGCGGCAAUUUAUGCGAUAGAUGUGACAAAUGAAAACCGGUUUAAAAAUGGCAUGAAACAAUAUUUCCGCACGGCACAUGCCGAUUUAUUAACGGAGCUGAACAAACGCCCUUCCGGUCAACUACCGACUAGGACAGACAUUGUCUCCAAACUGAAGCAAGAGGAGUUCGAUAUUUUGGUGGUCGGCGGCGGUGCAUCGGGUGCUGGUGUGGCCUUGGACGCACAAACACGAGGUCUAAAAACGGCACUUGUCGAAUUUGAUGAUUUCUCCUCCGGUACUUCUUCGCGCAGUACUAAGCUUAUCCAUGGUGGUGUCCGCUACCUCCAGGCAGCCAUUUUCGGCCUGGAUAUUGAGCAAUACAAAAUGGUCAAAGAAGCAUUGUUCGAACGGGCCAAUCUACUCGAAAUUGCCCCUCAUCUGAGUUGCCCUCUACCUAUUAUGCUUCCCAUCUACAGCUGGUGGCAAGUUCCUUACUACUGGUUCGGCAUCAAGGCGUUUCCGAUGUUGAAAAAAGAUAACCUUCGUGGAGCAUUGAUCUAUUAUGACGGGCAGCACAACGACGCCCGCAUGAACCUGGCUAUCGUUUUAACCGCUAUUCGCCACGGAGCAAAGUGUGCUAACCAUACGAAGGUGGAACGACUUCUGAAAGACGAGAACGGGAAAGUAUGUGGAGCUCGAGUGAGGGAUAUGAUCAAGGGUGAAGAAUAUGAUAUCAAGGCGAAAUCUGUCGUCAACGCAACGGGCCCAUUCACUGAUACCAUUCGUAAAAUGGCCGACCCGACAACAGAACCGAUUUGUGCUCCGUCCGCUGGUGUGCAUAUCGUGUUGCCCGGAUAUUACAGCCCCUCGAAUACCGGCUUGCUCGACCCGGCCACCUCGGAUGGACGCACCACCGAUGCCGCCUCCGAACUGACGCAUUCUCCGGCACCGAAGGACCAGGAUAUCGAAUUUAUCCUGAAUGAAAUUCGCGGCUACCUUAGCCAAGACGUCAAUGUUCGUCGUGGUGAUGUAAUGUCGGCAUGGGCAGGCCUUCGUCCUCUCGUCAAGGAUCCGAACAAGAAGAACACCGCCAGCUUGGCCAGAAACCACAUUAUUGAGGUGUCCGAAUCCGGGCUCAUCACCAUUGCCGGCGGCAAAUGGACGACUUAUCGGCACAUGGCUGAAGAGACAGUCGAUGCGGCAAUUAAGGCACAUGGAUUGAAGCCCGUCAACGGAUGUAUGACGCCCGGUUUGAAGCUUGAAGGAGGCCACGAUUGGGAUCCGCUGCUUUACAUUCAUAUCGUGCAAGAUUACGGGAUGGAGGUUGAUAUUGCACAGCACUUGGCCAACACCUACGGUGAUCGCGCAUUCGUGGUGGCCCGUAUGUGCAAGAUGACCGGGAAAGCGUUCCCGUAUCUCGACGCCGAAGUGCGAUAUGCUGUGCGCGAAUAUGCUGCGACGGCCGUCGAUGUGAUUGCCCGCCGGUUGCGCAUCGCCUUCCUCAACACGUACGCUGCCCACGAGGUGCUCCCAGAGGUCGUCCGGAUUAUGGCUGAGGAGCUCGGAAGCAAGGGCACAGGCUGUUUCAAACGAACGCUUCCAACCAGCUUGACAAGGACCGAAAGGGGCCACAUCACCGUCAACGACUUGCGCAGACACUUUAGGCAAAGAAAUCAGAAGAUUGAUGAACGUUUGUUGCACGAACUCUUGAACGAAGUCGACCUGAACAAGAAUGGCGAGUUGGAAAUUGCCGAGUUCUUCCAGGGGCGGCAAGUUGUGCAGAAUCGUCUGGUGCGCUACUUGGAUGAAGCCAGCCUGGAAGUCCCGGUGCAUAGGUCCGGCGGAGGUGUA